CACCAGCCCUUGACAGCUUAUCCUGCGCUUGUCGUCAUCCCUUAAUGCGCAACGUCUGUCCACACUCUCUUAACUUUCAUCUCUCAACGACCUGAACGAUCCGAACGACCUAUCCUUCUCGCAUAUUUCCUUACAUGAAAAUUUAACGCGCGCGUUUUGAAUUUGAGCCAAUUUCAUGUGUAGUAAUACGAAGAGAGCUUUUAGUCUUUUUGCCCGCUUCGUGAAUUGAAAGCCUCUUGCGCCAAGCGAGAAUCAACAUCAGCAUCAAUAUCAACAUCAACAUCAACAUCAAAGUGUCUUUCGCGCUUUGUCUCCUAUACCACAACUAACUUUAUCUAUCUCCUGGCGCAAGGCUGGGAAGGAGACAUGGUUGAGAGACUCUGGUGGACGAGACGAUUGCUUGAAUGCAACCCCUGAAUCCUUUCCUAGCCGCCUUCUUCAAGCCCGGCAGUCCCAUUGUCGCCCAGUGCAGUCCCGUACAUCAUCAUAUUCUCCUAGUUCCGACAACCGAAUUCUUCCUUACCUCCCGCGAAACCGAAAGCGGCCUAUCUCUGUCAGACAUUGUUGGGUCUGAAGAUUUUCUGGGAAGCCAUGUACUCCGUAUUCCCAGCCCGGCCACCGCUGCGGGAGGGAAGGACUCUGUCGGAAACUUGCGUGAGCAGAGGGGCAAGGCGAAACAAUACUCGACUUUGAAUGGGCGAAGCGUUGUUAUCAAAGAUGCUUUUAUCUAUAGUAAUAAGGGGUUCAAAACGCUCGCCCAAGCUCAGCUGCUGAAUGAUACCCUCUGGUAUGCCGACAGCAUCGAGCCGCGACAAUGGUUAAUAUAUUAUAUCUCGCGGCCUCUUGUAGGCGUCUGGGUUGAUAAAGAAGUGCCCCGCGCUAUUUUUUACGAAGGCAUGGCCAAAGUCAAGCUUGCGGAAGCUAAGCGAACUGCUGCCGUCGAGAGUGGCGAGCCGAGUACUCCACGAAAGAAGGAUAUAAAGAGCUUUCACGAUCUUCUCAACAAUUUUCCCAUGAUUGCAAGGCAGAUGCACUCCGGCCUAGAAAAGCUCUUUCGAGAGUUUACGACAGUCUUUGAGAGGCCGUUACCCCCUCCGCCAUCUGCACUACACAUUCCCGAUCCCGUCCCUGAUGGCCCUAUCGCGACAGCUAUGAAGCAGGUGCGCUCUAAUAGCCUUUCUGCACGAAGAGCUAGCAUAAACGACGAUGACAGUGCCCGAAUAACUGAUAGUUUCUAUACUGAAGAUGACGAGGACGCUAUGAGAGCCUCGCUUGAGACGGCAGUCACAAGUGCUAUCGAUCUGUUUCAAAGUGUUGACAAGCAGCAACUUUCUAUGCUUGGUGCAACAACCGAUCUUACUGGGCCUGUGGUCGAACGUUUAAUAGAACGGUACGUGGCCGAGAACGCCCAUAAUCUCAUAUGGCCUCGGCUUGCUGCGAUGCGACGACCGGAGGACCUCGAGCUCGAGGCGAAGAUCCGACAAAUGGAAUUCAUUGAUAUCUCACAACUAGGCAUUUUCAUUGAAGGCGGCCCAAGGGCGAAACAUGCGCUUACCGUUAGACUUGGUCACGCCGUCGAAGAAUUUCGCAGGAUGAACUUGGCAAUGUGCCCACAGGAGAUGAUGGAAAUCUUGCUAUCAACAAUCAAAGCUGCCACACAAUUGACCGAGCAGCCUAAGCAAAGUUCCGACUCCACUACGGUAGAAAAGGCGUCCCUCACUGUCAACGCUGAUACGCUGGUGUCGCUGCUCCUCUUUAUUGUUAUCCGGGCUGGUGUAAAGCACCUCCAAGCCAGGUUACUCUACAUAAAGCAUUUCGUGUUUAUUGACGAUGUAGACAGCGGCGAGUUAGGUUAUGCCCUGAGCACAUUCGAAGCGGUACUUUCAUAUCUCUCCAUGGACUCAAGUAGCCUGCGAAGAGCAAGUCGUCGAAACAAAAGUCUCUGGGAUGCGGCUGCAAAAGGUAAUAUGUCUGAGCUCAAAAAGAUGAUGGAACCAGAUCCAGAUGCUAUUGAUUUUGACUUUGGCGAAGAACCCGUAGCAUCUCCGGUUUCGACUCGCUCGCCGUCAAUCAGCUGGAGCAUGGCCAACGGCUCCUCCAGGAGGUCUUCAACAGCAUUUACACCGUCAGACUCAUAUUCCCGAGGAUCAGGGCUGAGUCAUGUAUUCCCAUUUCAGAGUCAGUUGAGAGAAGAUCCCCCAGUGGUUCCGAUUAAGAAAGUUAAGAGAGUUGCUUUGGACACCAGGAGUAUGUCAAGCAGCUCCGAGUUUUCGUAUCAUUCUAGGGCAGGUAGCAUUGCUACUUUUGGAAGUGGCCUCGAAGGCGAUACGUCAAUUGAAAGGCUCUGCCAAACCGAAGACUCUCGUGGGGAGUCUAUCCUGAUGAUGGCGAUUCAAAACGGGCAGCCUGAAGUGCUUAAAUACCUACUUUCGCUCGAAGAUUAUUUCCCAGCUCGUAUCGUUUUGGACGACUGCAAUAACGAAGGCACUAGUCUGCUGAGUGCUGCCGUUCAGCUAGGUCACGCCGAGUUAAUUGAUUUUAUUUUGGGCUUUGUGGUAGCUUCAGCGUCAGAGCCGGAGAUUCGAAAUUACUUAUCCUUGCAGGACGUCAGGGGGCGAAGCGUCGCACAUUACCUAUUCCACGCGCCGUCUUUAAUCGGUCGCAUCGGCGAGCUACUCCCUUGGCGGCAAAAAGAUAGAAAUGGACAAACACCAUUGUUCGCGCUCUGUCGGUCCUAUGACCAUCAGAAUUACCACGAUAUGGUCGAGGCCGGUAUCGAAGCUGCAACACUUGCACAGGGCGACGGCCAGGCACUUCAUCUAGACGAUCAUGUUGACUUGAAGGGGAAUACCCUUUUGCAUAUCAUCAAUGACCCCCAAUUAGCAGUGAAAAUCCUUGUACAGUGUGACGUUGAUGUCAAUGCCACAAAUGAUAGGAAAUUCACUCCGCUGAUGGUAGCUAGUAAGUACGGUCGGUUUGAGAUGGUUAGGGUCAUGUACUCGGACCCGAGGGUAGAUGUAGCCGCGAAGGAACUGCGUGGGCUUACUGCAGUUGAAUUGGCAAAAGAUGACGACAUUCGAAAUAGAAUCGACGAUUUGACACUAUUUACGAUGCCGCCUGCUGAGGACGGCCGUAUCACUGGUGUUGUCAGAUCUUUCUUCGUGGAAGACGCUACCAUUCGGUUAGUCCUCAAAUCAGGAGCCCCCGCAGAUAGCGAAAGCUAUACGGUCACCACAUGUCGUCGCUCUUUUGCAGACUUUGAACGUUUAGCACACCUACUUUCUAUCGAGAACCCUGCAUCGUGGAUCCCAAAAGUCACGAGCCAACGAUCACCAUUUCAGAUCCCAUCGAAACCUUCGAGAGCCGUCUUGAAGGACAUGCAAGUUCGAGCCGACUCAUUCCUUAAGAUCCUCCUGGCCCAUCCUACCUUCGCGACACACGAGAUGCUCUGGGAAUUCUUUUUAGUGCCCGAUCUACAACCGGACAUGAUAGAACAGCGGAGCAAGCUCAAAGCUGAGACAAGAGCUGAGAAGGUGCGAGACGAGCUGGAACCUCUUCAAGAUAUUCGCGAAGUAGAACAGUUUGUGGAACACGCCCGAGAUAUGGUUCGCAGCGUUAAUUACUCGACUAAGAGCGUUGCGCGGCGGACUAAUGCUAUUGGCGUCGUUACGAAUGAUUUCUAUGAUGCAGCGAAUUUGGUUUCGCGAGAGGUUAGGAACCUGGCAUUUUUACCGCAAAGCCAUAUUUCUGCCUUCGAAGCUUACGUCCAAGCUCUUAUCCCCCCUCAAUCUAAUCCAUCGUAUAUAUUUCACAACUCUUUUUCAGCUCUCCAAUCUACUAUUCAAGCUAUGCUGUCGUCGUUAUCCCGGCCACUACAACUCGUAACCCAAAUAGUAUCCUCUCGCAAGGCAAUCGAACGCAAUUAUAAUUAUGUUUCGCGUUCGACGAGAUGGCCAUUAGGGCUGCUUGACGAAACCCGCCAACGUCUGAACGAAGAAAGAGAAGAAAAAGCAAGGCAGGCCCAAACGGAGGUAGAUAUUCUAAGUAAGGAGCUCCGGUAUACGCAACAAACCGUAGCAAGCGAGCUAGCGGGGUGGGAAGAUAUGCAUGAGCGUAUGGGCCGCAGGGCUAUAAAGGAGUUUGCUAGAGGAAUGCUCAUCCUCGAGCGCGAGCGACUACAUGGUCUACGUAGGGCGCAAAGGAAACUGCAAGAUUUAGGUUCGACUUUUAACGAUCGGUCUCAUGGGUCGGGAAUUAAUCUCAAUAAUGCCGCAGCAAUGGAAAACGGCGUUGGCGUUGGCGUUGGCGAUGGCGAAGGCGAUGAUACCGUAGGUAACGAAUCUAGUACAAUGGGCGUGGCGUUCGCGGAUAGAGUAGACUAGGUAUUUGGCAACGAUCAUGAAGCUUUUGACCCGGGACGUCCCGGAUGGGUGGACUUUGAAUAGCAAAUCAAGCAACCAAGCAAGCACUUAAUGCAGUUAUCAUAGCCACGUUGGCCAUGCAUGCAUGCCAUUCGGAUACUCUUCUACCCGUGCGCAUACAUACUCCUAGUUAACUCUGAUACCGGUUCAGCAGUGGUGUGGUGCCCGAUGGGAUAGUAAACUGACAGACAGGACAAAGAAGGGAGGCAGCCCAUGGAAAUUAUAUAUACCGACCUAACUAAUAUAUACAGCUUACGACGACAUCAGACGUCCAUUUAAGUUACCUGAAGGCGGCCGUGCUACUUGAAACGGACCAGGCCACCGAGGAAGCCAGCGAGCGCUUCGCCUUGGCGGCCGAGGCGGCACAUCCCAUCUUAUAUAUAUACGAAUGUGCUUAUAAGGCACGGGGCCUAAGGCCUAGUUACCUAGAGAAGAAGAAUCAGGAAAGGUCUAGAGCCGCGGCCGCAGAACGGUCAGCCGCGCAAACGAAACAAAGUUUAGCAUUGCCGUAUACUACAGUACCUUAUAUAUGUGUUGAUAUAGUCAUACAAGGUAUGUAUACCUAACUUAACCUAACCUAACCUAACCGUAGGUAAGGAGCUGUAGUGCCGAAUUACCUGAUUAGUCAAUUAAUCGGAAG